AUGAGUAAUCUGCAAUUUGCUUGCAAUGUCUGCAAUGUGCGGUGUGAUACUGAAAAUGUUCUCAGAUUACAUGAACAAGGCAAAAAGCAUCGUUUAAAAUGCCUUAGUUUGCAAAAAUCUAACUCAGUCAGUCAUAUUCACCAACCAUUGAAAGUUUCACUACCAGUACUUACCACACCUGAAUCAACGUCUCCCAAAGAUCUAUCUUGGGAUAUGUGUAAGCCAUCUUCUAGAACAUUGACAAAUUCAACUCCUGAUCAUGAAUCACCUGUAAACAUGGUUUCUAUUGAUGCAGAUAUGACGCAAAAGUUUUUGUUACCUGAUGGCAGUUUCUUUUGUUCUUCGUGUGAUGUAAAAAUGAAUUCUCGGCAGCAAUUAGCCGCUCAUAUUCGUGGGCGUAAACACCAAAGUAAAUCAAAUGUCAACACAACAGACAGCAAAAAUUUGGAAACCACAAACACAUUACUGGAUGGCGGUGAUUCAAAGAGUAUUUCCUAUCGAUGUGAAGAUUGUGAAGCGAUAGUAUUUCGUUCAGCGAUGCAAGAACAUUUAAACUCUGAAGAGCAUAAAUUGGGAACUGCCAAAAUCCAUGGAAGCUCAGUAAUAGGUUUCGAUUAUAUCCUUCCACUAAGGGAAUAUCGUCGCUCGUGUCAAGAAGUUUUGUGUCCUGUAUGGCCUUCAGUGAAAUUUACUGAUGCGGAGGCUAACCUGUUAAUGGAAGCAGCGAAGAAUGAUGAUGAUUGUAUUUUACUCUUGUCAUCAUGUGAUGGUCGAUCACGUGUUGGCUUACAUUUAGCCAAUGCCCUGUUGAUAGCUAAUCGGAAUUUCCCUCCGUCCAAUAAUUUUGGUAGUUCAUUGAAACCGAGUACUAGUACUACUCCGACUGAUAUUACGUGUGUGCUGUGGAUUGCACCUGAGACACCAAUGACUACAGCUACAAAUCGUUCUCAUUCUACGUUCACAUUUCAGCCGGGUGGUGAGAAAAGUUCAACUGGGCGUCCAUUGAUUUUUGCAUAUCCACCGUUCGAUCCGUCAGUCCUAUCAGAAACUGAUAUCGUGAGAACAAAUUCAGGCAAGUUUUUUCUCUUUUGA